CAGAGUUAUGUGAUGCUGCUGUCCACACAGUGUAGGCCACACCCUCCCAGGAAGAAGUGAAACGCGGAACUGCAACUGAAGGACAGAAGAAAGAUCUCAACUGGAGCUUUUAGGUCACUUGCAGCUGACAGAUGCCUCAACUUCUGCUAAAAUAAGGUCUGCUGGGUAAUGGCUUCUCUCAGGGUUUUUCUCAGUCUUGCCAUCUGUCUUCUGCUGGGGAAUCAGACAUUUGCCAGAAACAACGCUCCCUGCCAGCCUUCCAAAUGGAACAACGGCUUCUCUACCUUCGUCAAACGCCACAUCCGUUCUGGAACUCCUAAUUCUCUCAACCAGAAUGAAUGGGAGAAGUACAUCAAGAAUAACGGGGGCUGUGACAGACCGACACAGUCUUUCCUUCACCCAGAUGAGCUGGAAAGGGUGAAGGCCGUGUGCACGGACAGAGGGGGGAAGGUGUUCAAGGAGAACCUGUGCAUCAGUGAUAAGCCUUUCACUUUUGUCACAGUGAGGAGUGAACCGGGAACCUGCGGGAUCAGGAGCGUCCGAGAUGAAAAGAAACAUCUGAUCCUGGCCUGUGAAGUGCUGGACAAUCAGUGCCUUCCUGUCCAUUUCGAGGGAAAUCCUACAGAUGAAAAGCCUAGUAACAACGCCAGAGGCUGCCAGGACCCAUCAACUCGAACGACUAAGGACAGUGCUAGCAGCUUUAAAAUGACGUGGUUCUGGUUGUUGUUUAUUCUUAUACUUAUUAUUAUUUAUGGCUAUUAACUUUUUUAAGUUGAGGAACCAGAUACAACAAAUGAUUUUUUUUACAUCUGCUCUUCUUCUCUCAACUACAUCUGAGAAAACAUUUUAAAAUGAAGUUUUUCAAAACUGUGUUAAAUCAUAGUCACAUCACCAAAGUAUCACCCACAAUUUUGUAGACAACUUUCGAUUUUAAAAAAUGUAUUUCUAGAACUUUUAUAAUUCCAUCUAUUAUAUGCUUGUUCCUGUGUAUCUGUCAGUUUGCUUUUAGUAGUUGUGCAUCUGUCUUUAAGAGACAAUUACAGGUUUGGUGCUCUAAUGGUAUUUCAUUUAAAGCCACUGUUUAGGCAUUAAUGGUGCUGAUGCAAUCAUGUACUGUAUGGUGAAUAUUUUUAUUUUGUAAAAGGGCAUGAUGAAACUGCCAUACAAAAGGGAUUGUGUUUAAUACAUUUAUGGUAUAAUUUCAUAAACUGAUUUAAGACAUGGAA